AAAAAUAUAGUUUCCUCAUGUGAUUAUAUUGAUAAAACUAUUAUAACCGAAUGGCUACUUGGGUUGUCUAUUGAUAUUACAAAUUGUAUUUAAUAAAAACUACGUCUCUGUGAUGUCACAUAUUUAAUUGCCUUUACAGCAAAACUAUUUUGAUUUCAGCAUUGUUAGCCGUUGGCAAUGAUGGAAGAGAACCAUUUAAAGCUCGCGAAGGAUCAUUACCAUUUCUUGUGUAUUUUACCUCCCGGUAUCGAGGUAUAUGUGUUGGCACUCUUCUGUCCCGCACUACAGUCAUCACUGCAGCUGUGUGUGUAACCAACCCUAACACACACAUACACGACUAUCGCCCUAUAAACGUAAUAACUGGCACGUCAUACAGACAUCCCAGAAGAGGGAUUAGAGUCCAAGUUACUAAAGUAUUGAUGCCGAAAUGUAUUAACGACUCGGCAACAAUUGGUUACACAGUUCAACAAUCACCAGCUGUGCUGGUUCUUAAGCGAAAGAUACCAGAUGUCCUGGUUGAGAUACCUUUGAGGCCCAUUAGCAUUGACUACAAAGGAGAAGAAAUUCUUUCACUGCACGAAGAAUGCAUAAUGCCCGGCUGGCAUUUUUUCUAUAAAGGGGACAAAAUAUAUCCAGUUAACAAAUUCCUCUUACAAAGAAACACGAGAGUGCAAUUUUUAGAAAUUGCUAGGAAAAAUGUUUGGUGCGACACAUUGACACUUAAGUUUCAAAAGGCUCUUCUUAACAUUGGCUACAAAGGGUUCUUUGAUAAAUCCUUUUCUGUUUGUGUUCGAGACACUGAUCAAAUAGCACAGCCAUGUCACGGUAUGUAUGGUGCGCCUUUAAUCUGCCGAGGUAAACUGGUUGGACUACUCAUGUCUCCAGACGCCCAGUGGUCAAACUGUACAGGAUACAGUAAUCUCAUACAUAUGUUUAACUCGGAACAUACCUUAAGUUUCAUGGAAUGUGUCAGUAGGAUGUUUGAACCAGAGUUUGAUUUAUCCUGGGAUGGCCUUAAAGCUUCAUUACAAUUAAGUGAAUAUGAAAAGGAAUAUGACUACAUACCAGCUAUGUAUGACAGAGUUCUAGGUGACUCCAGUACUUCAAGUGAAGAAGUUGUCUAAAUGUGUACGUGUCCAAAAUAAAUAUUAUAAAGAUACGCUUUUAAUUAUUCCAACAAAUAUAAGUUAUCUUUCUUUUGUUAUAAAUUCAUAUCUCAUAUCCAAGUUUCUUAUCCAUAAGACUGAAAAAUCUUUGUGGAAAAUUAUACUUACUCCAGUCUAAUCAAUUGCAACAACUUAAAUUUAAUUCUACCUUCAUUUAGUUCAAUAAACAAAAAAAAUCAAUAAACCAAUAACCCGUUUAACCAAUUUCAUAAUGACACUGUAAGGAACUAGCGUUUAAGAUACAGGCUAUGCCUGGUUUAAACGGUAGUGUUCAUAGAAGUAUAGUAUGUAUAUUAUAUUAUGAUAUAUAUGAUAGUAUAUCAUGAUAAUAUGG